CAAAGGACUGAUUACCUUGAAAGGACAGGAGAGCAGCAUCUAGGAGUGAACGGAAAGGAAUGAGUGCAACCACUGGCUCAUCUGGCCCCCCCGCACAAAGCCUUGUCACCUCUUAGGGAUCUCCCAUUGGUCUGCAGCCUCUCUCCUCCUUUCCUGCCCAAACCAGAGAUUUUAACUUUCAUUUUCACUUAGCACCUCCGGAUCUUGGUGGAGAUCGGCCCCUGGUUUGCUGAGAGAAUCCUGACCACAUUCCCUCCCUGGCCUGCCUCCACUCUUCUCCAAGGAGGCACGACUUCUCACCUGGUGUCUGAAGGGAUCGGUGAACAAGAGGAACCACUGAGGUCAGGACAGAUAGGAGCAAAGGAGCAGCUGUUAUGGCUUUUAAACUCCUUACAAACAUAGAGGAGGAGGUGACCUGCCCCAUCUGCCUGGACCUCCUGAAGGAACCCCUGAGCCUGGCCUGUGGCCACAGCUUCUGCAAAGCCUGCAUCGCUCCAGAGAACAAGGAGUCUGUGACAAGCCAAGGAGGGAAGAGCAGCAAUUGCCCUGUGUGCCAAAUGGCUUUCUGCUCUGGGGAACUGCGGCCUAACUGGCAUGUGGCCAAAAUAGUGGAGAGGCUCCAAGAGGUCAAGGUGAGCUUUGAAGAGGAGCAGAAGAGAAAUCUCUGUGAGCGCCAUGAAGAAAAGCUUUUGCUCUUCUGUAAGAAGGAUAAGAGGCUCAUUUGCUGGGUUUGCGAGCGGUCUCAGGAGCACCGUGGUCACCAAACAGUCCCCAUGGAGGAGGCUGUCCAGGAGUACCAGGAGAAGCUCCAGACAGCUCUGCAGAAGCUGAGGGAGGAGCAGCAGGAAGUGAAGAUGUUGGAAGCUACCCUCAGAGAAGAGAGAACUUCCUGGAAGAAUCAAAUGCAAAAUGAAAAAAGGGGUGUCCAAGCACAGUUUAAAAAACUCAAGACUGUCCUGGAGAAUGAGGAGUUGAGGAUGGUGCAGAAACUGGAGAGCGAGGAGAAAGCUAUUCUUGACACCCUGGCUACAAUGGAGGAUGAGCUGGCCGAGCAAAGCCAGCUGGUGAGAGACCUGGUCUCGGAACUGGAGCAUCGGCUGCAGGGGUCGACAGUAGACAUGCUGCAGGUAACUCAGGAAGAAGCCCCAGCAUCUGAGAUUUGACAAAAAUGAAGACCAAGUUUCCU